AAUGCAUCACUCUUGAUGCUCCUUUUUGGGUUCGCAGAAUGUGAGUGGUAGAAACUAAAAAGAGCCCUUAUACACAAAAAGGCUAAUUGUUUCCUCUUAUCUCCUUAAUGAUUUCUUCACAGGUUGCCCAAAUAAUAACAGUGCUUUGGCUCAUCAACUUGUUGGUUUGCAUGAUUGGUAGCCCCCCUUUUAGAGAAAAAAAGUAGUAAAUUUGAUGGGUUUUUCAUGCUUCCCAGAUGUAAAGAUUUGAACUUGAAAGUGAAAAAGCAGUGGAAUUUGGAGCUGGGUUCCUGAAGGCUGUAGUGGGUUCCAUGAAAUUUCACAUCUUUUUUCAGGUUUUUUCAGUAAAGCAUUGUUCUUGAUGUGUUUCCUGAACUAGGUUUGCUGAAGAUUUUGCUGGGUUUUCAGCAUUUGGUGGUCAGAUUUUGAUGAUUAGUUGUGCUGAAGCUUUCAGAAAUCUCUGUGGAGUUGCAUUAGCAUGUAUCUGAAUUGUAGGGUAUCCUCUGGUUUUAAUGGCAGAUUGCCCUUCAAUCUUGACUUGAACAAGGCAAUGGAGACUUUGCAUGGGACUAGCUGUACCAGAAGAUGGAGAGGAAAGGUCCUAAUUCUGGGGCUUCUGGGUUUUGUUACAAUCAUUUGGGGUUUCUUUAGUUUCAAUGAUGGAGGUUUGGGGAUGAGAGAGAAGGCUCCAGAUAUGGGUGGAGAGAAAGCUUGGAUCCUGCAGCAGCAUUUCAAUGUCAGCAAAUCCCAACUUCUCGCGUUCGCUUCGUUGUUCUCCGAAUCAGAUCAGAUAGCAUCCCUUGAAUGUACCAAAGAACCAGGACCAGGUAUGAUGUUAGGUAAUGUCAUUUCCUGUUAUCUUAAGGUGCUAUGUUCAGAUGAGGAGUUUCAGAAGCGACAUAAAUGGGCAGCAGAAAAUGAAGAAGCCAAGGACCAAUGCCUGGUUCAAGAUGAGAACAUCCGCAGGAAGUGUGAUGUAUCAUUGCUGGAGGACACAUCCCCAUCAUGCACUGUGCAAUCUACAGUUUCAGCUAAUAGGAUUUGUGAAAAGGAGGAGUGUGCAAAAGAGAACUCUCGGAUGCUUUGUACUUUGGUAAUACAAUGUUGGUGGGCAUUUGUUGGAAUGAUCAUGUGUUACAAACUGUCUGGUUUUUCUAUGAAAUUGUGGAGGAAUAAAAAACAGAAGUUGGUUCAAAAGGUUGAAGAGCAGCCAUUGCGUCGGAGGAAGCAGCCAGAGAAACAGCAACAGCAACCCCCAAAGCCUCCUAAGGUUGCUGGCACUUGGAGGAAGAAUCUACUUUUAGUAUUUAUCGUAUUUGGUUUCAUUACAUCAUUGUGGUUAUGGUGGCACUUGUGUGCAAGAGAUCAUUUGUGGAGGGAAGAAACACUUGCCAACAUGUGCGAUGAACGAGCCCGGAUGUUGCAGGAUCAGUUUAAUGUGAGCCUGAAUCAUGUUCAUGCUUUAGCUAUUCUGGUCUCCACCUUUCACCAUGGGAAACAACCUACGGCAAUUGAUCAGAAAACAUUUGGUGAAUAUACAGAGCGAACAGCUUUUGAGAGACCCCUUACGAGUGGUGUUGCUUAUGCUUUGAAAGUUACUCAUGCCGAGAGGGAACAAUUUGAGAAGGAACAUGGAUGGACAAUAAAAAAAAUGGAAACUGAGGACCAGACUCUAGUCCAAGAUUUUAUUACAGAAAGCUUGGCCCCUGCGCCUGUUCAAGAUGAAUAUGCACCCGUGAUAUUUUCUCAAGAAACUGUCUCCCACAUUGUCUCUAUUGACAUGAUGUCCGGAAAGGAAGACCGUGAGAACAUCUUGCGAGCAAGGGCAACUGGAAAGGGAGUAUUGACCUCCCCGUUUAAGCUAUUGAAAUCCAAUCACCUGGGAGUUGUACUCACAUUCGCCGUCUAUAAUGCUGAUUUGCCUCCACAUUCCACACCAGAGCAACGAAUUCAAGCUACUGUGGGGUAUCUAGGUGCAUCAUAUGAUGUACCGUCACUGGUGGAGAAGCUCCUGCACCAACUUGCCAGCAAGCAAACAAUUGUUGUGAAUGUUUAUGAUACAACUAAUUCAUCUGCUCCGAUCAACAUGUAUGGUACUGAUGUUAUUGAUACUGGCCUGUUGCAAAUUAGCAACCUGGAUUUUGGGGAUCCACAACGCAAACAUGAAAUGCACUGCAGGUUUAAGCACAAACCUCCGUUUCCUUUGACAGCAGCAAGUGCAUCCAUAGGAGUCCUAGUCAUUACCUUCCUAGUUAGUCAUAUUUUUCAUGCGGCCAUAAGCCGAAUAGCAAAAGUGGAGGCAGACUAUCGUGAGAUGAUGGAACUCAAAGUUCGUGCAGAAGCUGCAGAUGUGGCCAAAUCUCAGUUCCUUGCAACUGUUUCCCAUGAGAUCAGGACACCAAUGAAUGGUGUUUUAGGCAUGCUGCAAAUGCUGAUGGACACCGAUCUAGGUCCAAACCAACAGGACUACGCGGAGACUGCUCAUGCCAGCGGGAGAGAACUGAUAUCGCUGAUAAAUGAGGUUCUUGAUCAGGCCAAAAUCGAAUCAGGCAGGCUGGAACUUGAAACUGUUCCUUUUGAUCUGCGUUCAGUGCUUGAUAAUGUUCUAUCACUUAACUCAGGAAAAUCCAACGAGAAAGGGAUCGAGUUGGCUGCUUAUGUCUCCAAUAUGGUACCUGAAGUUGUUAUUGGUGAUCCUGGACGCUUUCGGCAGAUAAUCACAAAUCUUGUUGGGAAUUCAAUUAAGUUCACCCAUGACAAAGGACACAUAUUUGUCUCGGUGCAUCUGGUGGAUGAAGUGAGGGCCCCACCUGAUCUUAUGGAUGAAGUUCUAAGACAAGGCUUUAACCUAGUUGGAGAUGUCUCAAACAAAACUUAUAAUACAUUGAGUGGCUUUCCUGUUGUCAAUAGAUGGAAAAGCUGGGAAGGUUUUAAUUCAAUACGCAGCACAACACUGGAGAAAUCUGAUAUGAUCAAAUUACUCGUAACAGUUGAGGAUACAGGUGUAGGAAUCCCUCUAGAUGCACAAAAUCGCAUCUUCACACCUUUUAUGCAGGCUGAUAGCUCCACUUCUAGAACUUAUGGUGGUACUGGAAUAGGAUUGAGCAUUAGCAAACGUCUGGUAGAUCUCAUGAGUGGGGAGAUAGGGUUUGUAAGUGAACCUGGCACCGGAAGUACCUUUUCAUUUAUGGGAACUUUUGGGAAGGGAGAAUUAAGUUCCCUGGAGACAAAGUGGCACCAGUAUGAACCAGCUGUCUCAGAGUUUCAAGGACUGAGAGCAUUGGUAAUAGAUAAUAAAACCAUCCGAACUGAGGUCACGAAAUACCAUAUGCAGAGAUUGGGAAUAUCUGUGGAUACAGCGUCCUGUCUGGAAUCAGCGUGCUCUUAUUUAUCUAGCGCUGGCAACACCAGUCUUUCCACACCGUUGGCCAUGGUUCUUAUUGACAAAGAUGUUUGGGAUAAAGAAACUGGUAUUAUAUUGCAUCAGUCACUUAAAGAGCACAGGAAAAACAACGUGGAAUUGCUCAUAAACCUUCCGAAGAUACUUCUCGUGGCUACUUCCAUCACUUCUGUUGAACGCAAUGUAGUAACAUCUUUAGGUCUUGUAGAUAAAGUAUUGACAAAGCCACUUCGGUUAAGUGUCUUAAUUGCUUGCUUUCAAGAAGCCCUUGGAAGACGUAAGAAGAGGCUUCUAAAUGCAAACAAGCCAACUCUUGGAAAGUUACUAAGAGAGAAGAGAAUUUUGGUGGUGGAUGACAAUGUAGUGAACAGAAGAGUGGCAGAAGGUGCUUUAAAGAAGUAUGGAGCAAUCGUCACCUGUGUGGAGAGCGGAAAGGUUGCUUUGUUGAAGCUUAAACCACCCCACAACUUUGAUGCUUGCUUUAUGGAUCUCCAGAUGCCGGAAAUGGAUGGGUUUGAAGCAACUCGGAUCAUCCGUGGUAUGGAAAGUGAGGUAAAUGAGAAAAUUGCAGCUGGGGAAGCAUCAGUUGAGAUGUUUGGCAAUGUCGUAAAUUGGCACACGCCAAUAUUGGCUAUGACGGCUGAUGUGAUUCAGGCUUCAAAUGAAGAGUGCAUAAAAUGCGGGAUGGAUGAUUAUGUGUCAAAGCCAUUUGAAGAAGACCAGCUGUAUUCAGCAGUGGCACGUUUCUUUGAGUCUGGUUAAUCGAGAGGGAUUCCUAUUGAUGUGGUUUUUCGUGGAUUGAUGUCCGUAGUGUCAUGGGCUCUCCAAUUAACACUGAGCUGCCCGGGCCCUACCUUGACUGGGUUGAGAGACUAGUUCUAUCCAUAUUUUCCCAACUUCCAACCACGGAAUACUGCGUAUUGGGCCACAGAGAACGUAUUCAUGUGCGUGUGUAUACUGGGAGACUGGCUGCCAUCACUUGUCGGAUCAAAUACUUUAUGAUCAUCCGCCAAGCAAAAUUAGAGAAAUGAUGGCCUUCGGUACAUACCCUCUGCUCUUGUUUGUAGAUAGCGUCUGCCUUCCGCUUCCACCUCAAAAAAUUUUCCUCCAUUGUUUGUAGUAUGUAGGUCGGGAUUAAGAACCAUGUAGUGCCAAAAUCAUCCAUUUUUUGAACUCUGCUGAGAUGAAUGAAUCUUUCAUCUCCUCGGUGUUGGUGCAAGAUUGCAAGCUAAUAAACCCGAAUCCUUGAAGGAUGAAAGAUUAUUUGUUCAUUUUAUCAGAGUUGAUGGCUGCUUUGACAUUCUACGCACGGAGGGAGAUCGAAGAAAAUACGAGACUCUUGAUAAUCGGAGAUAAGAGAGCGUGUGCACUUACGAGUUAGUCUGAGAAUGUCUUGAAAUUUUUUUGUAGGGGUGCAUAUAACUGUAUAUAUAUAUAUAUAUAUGUAAUGAAGAUCAUGUUGUAGGUGUAUCUUCAGAGUACCACUGAGUGUAAAUUAUAUGCGUUUCCUAUACUGCAUAAUUGGUUUCUCCAUUGAUGUUGCCAAAAACUGAGAGUACGGUUGGUUCGUUUGAUAACCAUAUUUGUUUUUAGUUUUCACUGAAUUCAUGAAUGAAAACAAAAUCUCGAAAGAGAAAUUUAGUUU